CAUAUCCGAGUUCGUUUCAAAGCGCACCGUCGUGUACCGAGCGGCGUCGGCUUCGUGAAAUAGUGAGACUUUUCCCCGACUAAAGUAAUGUUGUACAACAUUUGAAAGACAUUGUAUUGCUGUCUACAAGUGGUUUAUUUCACUCAUAUUCGUCACUGUCAACCAAUGCGGUGUUUUUGAGACAAUAGUCAUUUCCGGUUUUGUGAUGGCGACGCCUCGAAAAUAGACGAUUGUGCUCUUGUUGUCAGCGAGGCUCACGCUGGUAUCCCAAACUGCUCACGUAGUAGCUUCAAAUGCUAUAUUAAAGUAAUAUAUUUGGAAAUAAGUGCUAAUCAAACGAGUGUAGUUAGCCAGUUAGCGAACUAGACAUGAAACAAUUUAAGAACCUAAGUACUUUAUUUUCCUCUCCACACGCGUGGACACCCUUCAGGAGUUUACAGGUCAGAUUGUGCUGUCAUUCAAACGAGAAAAGGAAAACAUUCACGACUAAAAUCUCCUCAGGUCCAAGUUUUUCUGAUUUUAUCAGAGGAGUCCCAAGUACGAAAGAAAGUGUUGCAGACAAAAAAUACAAACAUGAGUAUUUCCCCGACGACGUGGAGAUGGGGAAUUCACGAAAAGUCUACUUUGAAACAUAUGGAUGCCAAAUGAAUGUAAAUGACACGGAGAUUGCCUGGUCCAUUCUACAAAGGAACGGAUAUCAACGCACCACAUAUUUAAAUGAGGCAGAUGUUGUCCUGCUUGUAACGUGCUCCAUAAGAGAAAAAGCAGAACAAACCAUCUGGAACAGACUACAAGAACUGACAGCGAUGAAGAAGAAACGCUUGAAGAGUCGAACGCCAAUGAAAAUUGGGAUUUUAGGUUGCAUGGCAGAGAGAUUGAAGACGGAGCUUUUGGAGCGCGAGAAGCUCUUAGACGUUCUCGCCGGGCCAGACGCCUACCGCGACCUUCCGCGCCUGUUGACUGUAGCCGAGGGAGGUCAACAAGCAAGCAACCUGUUGCUGUCGUUAGAGGAGACCUACGCUGACAUUAUGCCCGUCCAUCACUCUGCACAGGGCCACAGUGCUUUUGUGUCCAUCAUGCGGGGCUGUGACAAUAUGUGCAGUUACUGCAUUGUUCCCUUCACGCGCGGCCGCGAGAGGAGCCGACCUGUCAGCUCUGUUCUUGAGGAAGUCCAAAUGCUUUCAGACCAGGGCGUGAAGGAGGUGACAUUGCUGGGCCAGAAUGUGAACAGCUACAGGGACACAUCGGAAGAGCAGUUCUGGGGUACGAGUCCCACCAAGCUGAGCCACGGCUUUAAGACGCUUUAUCGAGCCAAACAGGGAGGUCUGCGUUUCUCUGACCUGCUGGACAGAAUAUCUCAGGUGGAUCCCAAUAUGAGGGUCAGAUUCACGUCACCACAUCCAAAGGACUUCCCCGAUGAGGUUUUGCAUUUGAUCGCAGAGAGGGGAAACAUUUGUAAACAGAUCCAUCUUCCGGUUCAGAGUGGCAGCAGUCAGGUCUUGAAAGCUAUGCGCCGUGGCUACACAAGAGAGGCAUACCUCGAGCUAGUCCAGAACAUCAGGAGUAUUAUUCCAGAGGUUAGUCUCAGCAGUGACUUCAUCUCAGGCUUCUGCGGUGAGACGGAGGAAGACCACCAGCAGACUUUGUCACUUAUCAGAGAAGUGGGCUACAACAUAGGGUUCCUCUUUGCCUACAGUAUGAGAAAGAAAACCCACGCCUUCCAUUCCCUUCAAGACGACGUGCCAGUUGCGGUAAAGCAACACAGGCUGGAGGAGUGCAUCAGUGCGUUCAGGCAGGAAGCCGCAAAAAUCAACGCUGCUCUUGUUGGCAGCACACAGCUUGUCCUGGUGGAGGGGGAGAGUAAGAGAUCUGCCAAGGAGCUGUGUGGGAGAACAGAUGGCAACAUGAGAGUGAUUUUCCCUAGAGAGGAUGUGGCUGCUCAGUCUGCAGAGUCCAAUACUGCUGCAGUCAACGCUGGAGAUUAUGUCAUGGUGAAGAUAAUGUCAUCCAGCUCACAGAGCUUGAGAGGUCAAGCCUUGCGUCACAGCUCCCCAAUGAUGCAGUCGCAACCUCUGCCCAGGCAACAACGUGACGACCAUUUGGCCACAGAACCAACCAUGAUUGCCACAUGA